CGGCGCGGCGCGCAAGGGGCCACAGUGUGGAGUUUGUUCCAGCCGGAGACACUGAAAGAAAAGUUAGCAGCGGAUUUUCUUCCCACCCUCCGUUACGUUUCCCGUCACCGGUGUCUAACUUGCAGCAGCAUCCCACCGGAGCAGCGUCUUCAUCACCUUCAUCAUCAUGGCAAACAAAGCACAGCAGCCUCCUCACCUGCACCUGGCCGAGGUCACCGCGUCCCAGUUCCUCGAUAUUUGGAAACAUUUUGAUGUAGACGGAAAUGGAUACAUUGAGGGAAAGGAGCUGGAGAGCUUCUUCAGGGAGCUGGAGACGGCUCGGAGAGGAGCGGGAGUGGACCCAACAAACCCCAUAUUUAGAGAAAGGAUGAAGGAGUUCAUGCAGAAGUUUGACAAGAACAAAGAUGGACGCAUCGAGAUGUCAGAGCUGGCCCAGAUUCUUCCCACUGAAGAGAACUUCUUGCUCUGCUUCAGACAGUUUGUCAGCUCCAGUGCUGAGUUCAUGGCGGCAUGGAGGCGAUAUGAUACAGAUCGCAGCGGCUACAUUGAAGCAAAUGAACUGAAGGGCUUUCUGUCAGACCUGCUGGAAAAGGCAAACAGACACUAUGACGAUCAGAAGCUGCAGGAGUACACACAGACCAUACUCAGGAUGUUUGAUUUGAACGGCGAUGGAAAGCUGGGACUCUCAGAGAUGGCAAGGCUUCUCCCGGUCCAGGAAAAUUUCCUCCUUAAAUUCCAGGGUGUGAAGCUGACCUCCGAGCAGUUCAAUUCCAUCUUCAAUUACUAUGAUAAGGAUGGGAAUGGCUACAUUGAUGAGCAAGAGUUGGAGGCUCUCCUACGAGACCUUUACCAGACCAAGAAGGAUGUGGACGUGAAUAAUCUGAUGGGCUACAAGGAGAGCAUCAUGAGCCUGUCCGAUGGCGGGAAGCUCUACCGCGGAGAGCUGGAGAUCGUCCUCUGCAGAGAGCCAAUAGUGUGACUUCUUCCUCCUCUUCUUUUGCAUUUGUUUUUUCUCUGCCUGCCUUGUCCUUUUCUCUCCCGAGACCUCACCCAUUUCCAGCUGAGUGGCAACAUAUGGUGCAUGUGCCAGACACCUCCCUUCCCCCGGUCAUCCUCCCACCCAAAUGUUCCCAUCUGAAAAAGACGAAAUAAUAAGUGCACAGUCAGCACAAGAUAGCUCUCCUUCUUUAAAGUCAUGAUUUGUGAAUAAUGACCUCUCAGUGCUAAUCAUCCACCUGUUUACUGUCAGCUUGUCCUAAUUUACCACCUCUGACCUCAUCCCUGUCCAUGCUGCGCCUGAGAUGCAAAUAUCUGACUCCACAGAAUUAAACCCGAAUCCUUGACCCAACUUGGUUACCCGAUUCAUUUUCUCGCUUUGCAUUGUACAAGCAAACGUGCAAGACAGAUGUGGUUGAUUGAUUGCAUUGAAAAUCUCUAAAGAAAUUCUGAAUAUUUUCCUUUUCCUGAAACCAUUAAAAGACGUGUGUAACAUU